AUGGCCAAGUAUCUUACGUUGAAUCUUGCUUUGAUUUUUUUGUCUUUUUCAAUCAAUGUGUCUUUGGUAAGUGGGAAUAUUGGUAUCAACUGGGGCACUCAAGCAAGCCACCGGUUGCCUCCGAAGACUGUAGUAAGGUUGCUCGAGGACAAUGAGAUUAAAAAGGUCAAGCUUUUCGAUGCCGAUUAUGGGGCAUUGAAAGCUCUUGGUAACUCCGGGAUUGAGGUCAUGGUGGGGAUUCCUAAUGACAUGCUUCAAUCUCUUGCCAGCAGCGCCAAGGUUGCUGAGAAAUGGGUUGCCAAAAACGUCUCCAAACAUGUGGCAAAAAAUAACGUCUACAUCAAGUAUGUUGCUGUUGGAAAUGAGCCAUUUUCAGAAGCAUACCAAGGCAGCUUCCUCGAUGCAAUCUUGCCGGCUCUACAAAAUGUCCAGUUGGCACUAACAAAGGCUGGAAUCAGCGACAAAAUAAAGGUAACAGUCCCCAUGAGUGCUGAUAUAUAUCAGAGCUCAACUGGCCUUCCUUCUGGGGGUGACUUCCGCACUGACAUCUACGACCAAAUGCUUGGCAUUGUCAAGUUCUUGACUGCCCAUUCAGCCCCAUUUACUCUAAACAUCCAACCAUUCAUAAGCCUUUACACUGACCCACACUUCCCUUUGGAGUAUGCUUUCUUUGAUGCUAAUGCAACACCUCUAAAUGAUGGUGGAGCAUUGUACCAUAAUUUAUUUGACGCAAGUUUUGAUACUCUCCUGUGGGCUUUGCGGAAGAAUGGGUACGAAAAUAUUCGAGUCACGGUUGGGGAGAUUGGAUGGCCAAGUGAUGGAGAUCGGAAUGGUAUUUUGUUGUAUGCUCAGCGGUUCAACCAGGGCUUCAUAUCACGUGUGACAGGUAGUACUGGAACACCAAUGAGACCUGCGCAACCGAUUGAAGCAUACAUGUUUAGCUUGUUCGAUGAGGAUGCCAAGAGCAUUGAGCCAGGCAAGUUCGAACGUCACUGGGGGCUUUUCACAUAUGAUGGCUUACCUAAAUACGAGCUGAACCUUGGCACCACAAAGUAUGGAUCCUUGGUUCGGGCACGAGAUGUGCAUUACUUGGAGCGGAAGUGGUGCAUCUUGAAGCCAUCUACUAAACUUAAUGAGCCAAACGUUGGUACAAGCGUGAGCUAUGCCUGUGAGCACGCUGAUUGCUCAAGUCUUGGAUAUGGGACGUCUUGCGGAGAUUUGGAUGCUCGGGCCACCAUAUCAUAUGCCUUCAACCAAUUUUACCAAACAAGUAAUCAACUGGAAGCAGCUUGCACGUUUAACAGAACUUCCAUGAUUACAAAAUGGGACCCAUCUGUGGGUAAUUGCCGAUUUGAGAUAAUGCUUGAUCCUUAUUAUGGAGGUGCCGAAACAACACAUGGGUCUCUCCGAAGGCCAGUGGCUCCUCAUGUGGUUUCUGCCCUUCUAUUUUUAUUAAUUAUUAUCUGA